AUGGAAUCUGAAAAUUCAAAAUCCAAAGCUGAUACCAUCAAAGUUGCGGAUGGUUCUGGAUCUCAAACUGAUUUAAGUUCUGAAACUUCUACACAGUCAUUAAUCAAGAAUGAUGUCGAAACCUUGACUGAUGAUGCCCCAACACGUUUAGUUUUAUUAUUAACUUUGGCUUCUUCCUUGUCAGGGUUUUCUUUCGGUUAUGAUACUGGUUAUAUAUCGUCAGCUUUAGUUCAAGUGGGAACUGAUUUGUCCAAUAAAGUUUUGACUAAUGGGGAGAAAGAAUUUAUUACAAGUUCCACUAGUUUAGGAGCAUUGUUAGGAGCUGUUGUUGGUGGUAUUUUAGCCAAUUUAUUAGGUCGUAGGAUUGUUUUAUUGGGUUCCAAUGUUCUUUUCGUCAUUGGUACUAUUAUUCAAUUAGCCUCGAAAACCGUUUGGACUAUGAUUGUUGGUAGAUUUGUCUUGGGUUGGGGUGUAGGUAUUGCCUCUUUAAUUUCCCCUUUGAUGUUAUCAGAAUUAGCCCCCUCCCGUUAUAGAGGUAGAUUAAUUGUCACUAACGGUAUGCUUAUUACCGGGGGCCAAUUGGUUGCUUAUUUUAUCAAUUGGGGAUUAACCAGAGUUGAUCAUGGAUGGAGAGUUAGUGUUGGUUUAUGUUUGGUUCCUGCUGUUGCUCAAUUCUUGUUGUUCUGGUUCUUACCUGAUACUCCAAGAUAUUAUAUUAUCAACAAUGAUAUCACAAAUGCAAAAGUUGUCUUGAAAAAGGUUUAUAAGAAUGUCAGCGAUGUCAACAUUGAUGCUAUGGUAGAAGAAAUGAUUCUCUCCAACUCAAAUGUUCCGGGAAAUGGUCCUCUUUCGAGGGCUUGGGAAUCAAUCAAACUUAUACAUACCACUCCUUCCAAUUUCCGUGCAUUAAUUUUAGCUUGUGGAUUACAAGGUAUCCAACAAUUUACCGGUUUUAAUUCUUUGAUGUACUUCAGUUCUACAAUUUUUGAAACAUGUGGUUUUGAUAAUCCAACAGCUGUCUCAAUUAUUAUUGCUGCAACCAAUUUUGUUUUCACUUUCAUUGCUUUGUGUACAAUUGAUAAAAUUGGUAGAAGAAGAACUUUAGUUUUUGCAAUUCCAUGUAUGUGUAUUUCAUUAGUGGUAUGUGCCAUUGGAUUCCAUUUCUUGGGAAUCUCUUUCGCUGAUAGUGAUAAUGUUGUGAUUAAAUCAUCAGGUAUCACUGGUUGGGGUAUUGUGAUCAUUCUCAGUAUGGUUUGGUUUGUUGCUAGUUAUGCUAUCGGUAUCGGUACUUCAGCUUGGACUGGUGUCGAAUUAUUUUCUGAUGUUAAUGUUAGAUCAAUGGGUGCUAUGUUUGCAACUUGUACUAAUUGGUCGGGUUCUUUAGUUAUUGCUUCAACCUUCUUGACUAUGUUGGAAAAUAUCACCCCAACAGGUACCUUUUCAUUUUUCGCUGGGUUAUGUUUUGUUUCUUUCUUCUUUGUUUAUUUCUUAUAUCCAGAAGUUGCUGGUUUAGAAUUAGAAGAAACCAACCAAUUAUUGGCCUCAGGUUUCAAUGUUAGAGAGGCUGCUAAAUUAUCUAAAGAGAGAAAAAAGAGAUUGAAGUAUCAAUCCACUUCUGAUCAAGCAUAA